AUGGGAUGGUCAAAUCACGAUGCUGUUAUCAGUCUACGUGCUAUGCUAGACGAAUGGAAGCAUGCGUUUGACAGCUGUAAUUUCAUUAAAUUCCAACAACGCAGGUAUAUUUCCUCGUACGCAUUCGCUCAUUUACGAUACCUAUUGAACAUUACACUCGUGAGGUCGCGAAGAAAGGGCGAUGUGAAUAAAGAAAAUCGUACUGUAAUGGGCACUGCGCAAGCAGCUGGUAAAAGUGCUACGAUUUGCUCAGAGACGACUGGUGGUACGCGUAAAUCGCCUUCUGAAAUGGGUAUCUGUGAUUCGGUUGAUGAUCAGAUGCUUUUACGAUUGACAGCACUCCCUCCAGGAAUGGAUCGAAACGAGUGGUUGGCCACGCACACGUUGUCGUUAUUCGAGAACGUGAAUGCGUUGUGUGGCACCAUGACUGAACUAUGCACUCCAGUUUCAUGUCCAAUAAUGUCAUAUCCCGGUGUACCAAAAGCACAUUGGAUCGACGAACGUAGGAAGCAACAUCCUUACUCGGCGAUGCAGUACAUUGACUGUGUGAUGUCUCUUUGCGAAAUAAGUACAAAAGAUGAACAACUUUUCCCUACUAAAUACGGAAGUGUUUUUGCGGGUAAUUUUGAAUCUCAUUGCCGUCGACUCGUUCGAUUGCUUUGGCACUGCUGUGGGCAUCUGUAUUCGAGGCAUUGGGAACAGUUGGCCAUGCUGAACCUUCGAGCGCAGUGCAGUCUUGUUCUUGCACAUAUGCAUAUUAUUGCAAAAAUGUAUACUCUUAUUGAUAGUAAGGAAUUAUCUGCACUCACACAUACACUCCAGUUGGUACGACCGGUGAUCAUAAUGCACCAUGGUGGAGGGCAAUUUGCUGGUGGUGGGUAUUCAUCAAAUAUAGGCUCAACGAAUGUAUCGUCAAGGUGUUCUUCACGAGUGCCAUCUUCCAAAAGUGGUAGUUGGGGUGGUCACCCUACACCAGCCGUCCUUGCUUGUAAACCGUACGCCCAAACUUGUUAA